AUGCGACCAGAGCUACGCCAGCAGCAAAAUGCCAAACGUGCUGAAUUAUUGCGAAAGGCUAGACAACGGGAUGAAGAGUUAUGUCACUUGACUGAAACUUGUUCACUGGACACAUUGGACGAAGAAACCAGGCGAGCUGUUGCUGAAGCCCAGAUGAGACGAGUAAGAAGAGCCGAACAGGCCAGAGCAAAGUAUUACCGAAUGAACAGAAGUGUUAGCCACGGGAACUGGGCUAAGUCCUGCGUCUUCGCUAUCACCGGUGACCGACUCGAUCUCACAAGAUAG